ACCAUCCAUUUGACGAGGCGGUUUAUCCCCCAGCACCCCAACCAACCUUUCCACGUACCACCGGGUUUCUGUCCGCGCCCCGCCCUUCAAAAGCAGGUCCGCACGCCGGCCGGCGAGACGAGACGACACCACCACGCCGGGACGGGAGGCACAGGUGCGGUCUGCGUCGAGAGUUGGUCCACUGGCAGGCCGGAAUGAAGAAGUGCGCGUCGGAGCUGGAGCUGGAGGCGUUCAUCCGGGAGAGCGGCGAGGACGCCCGCGCCGCCGCCGGAGGUAGCAGUCCGGGGUGCGGUGGAUCAAGCGAUCCCGGAGGGAGCGGCGUCUUCUCACCCGGCUUCGGUUUCGCCGACUCGGAUCUUCUCGCGCCCGAGCAGGACACCAUGGAUGGAGGCAGUUGGUGGUACGGGAACGUCCGCACGCCGAACCCAGUCAUGUCGCAGGCGGCGUCCAUAUCCGCUAGCCCCGGGCUAACCACCUCAGCCAAUCAUGCUCUUGAAAGCGAGUCAGACUCCGACAGCGAAUCACUGUAUGAGGUAGAGGGAGUUCCAUACGAGCGAGGUAACAGAUCCAUUGAGACGAAGCGAAUAAGAAGGAUGGUGUCCAAUAGGGAGUCUGCGCGGCGGUCUAGGAGGAGGAAACAGGCACAGUUGUCUGACCUUGAGUCACAGGUUGAACGACUCAAAGGUGAAAACGCAACACUGUUCCAGCAACUUUCAGAUGCCAACCAACAGUUCAGUACUGCAGUCACAGACAACAGAAUCCUCAAAUCCGAUGUAGAAGCGUUAAGAAUUAAGGUAAAGAUGGCAGAGGAUAUGGUAGCGAGAAGUGCUGUAUCGUGUGGCCUAGGCGACCUUGGCCUGGCACCAUACGUGAACUCAAGGAAGAUGUGCCAAGCUUUGAAUGUGCUCACAGGGUUGGAUUUACUAGGGAGUGAUGCGUUCAGGGGUCCAACCGCAGGUACACGAGUACAGAACUCACCAGUACAGAGCACUGCAAGCCUAGAGAGUCUGGAUAACCGAAAGUCCAACGAGGUGACCAGUUGCGCGGCGGACAUUUGGCCUUGAGCUUCAAGCCAUUGAUCUGAUUCAAAGCUUGCUCCACCCUCAAAAAAAGGACCAGAGUUUGUCAACUCAAAUAGCUGGUGGCUUGAGCAGAGCUUCUGGCACGAGUUCUCUUGAACCAUAUUUCCACAUAAGCUUUAUAGGAUGCAUCACUCUUUUGAUGUCACUUAGUUUCAAGUAUAAAAUGAAGCUGUCUUUGUACAAAGCUGCAAAUGAGAAGUAAAUGAAACGUCCUGGACAAACUUGUGAAGUAGGAAUGAUACAUAGGCUCUAUUUCCAGGUCAGAUGAGACAGUUAUGUUUACAACAAAAAGCAAUACAUGUUGUUUAGAAACCGCUAUUAAUUCACAGGAAUGUUCAAUCCAGUACAAGUCAUCUAGUAGAUUUGCACCCCUACCUUCUAGUAGAUUCAACCAUGUUUUCACUACUACUUGCUGGGACUACAACUGUACAUCAUGAUGGUAAAAUGCAUAACUAGUGAGGUUCUUGACUCGAAA